GCUUGCAUUAGGGUUGUCGAGAGUACUUUAAAACAGGAAAUGUAUCCUCCAUUUUAUAUAAUGUAUGUAUAGUGUAUACUGUACAGUGUAACGAAACAAAACAUUUACCACACCUCUGAGCAUACCUCCUCCGUAAAACAAUAUUUCGGAUUUGGGGGCAUUUUAAAAUAACAUAUGAGAUUUAUGUAUGUGCCUGCCUGUUAGGUCGGGAAUUUCAAAACAACCGGAUUAAAAUACAAUGUACCGGAAUUAAUUAUAUACUCUGUAUUUUUUAACCUUUAAAGAUGUUAUAUGAACUGAUUUUAGCAUUUCACAUUUAAAUUCCUGGCAUGUAUGAGCUCUUUGUAUUUAUUAUGAUUUAUUUAUUAUUUUCCAGUAAGAUCAAUGUGUAAAAAACAGCAAAUGAAACGCAAGCACAUUGUCACUCCUAAGUGUUUUCUUUGCAAUGUGCUACUCUCCUGCUGGGCUCGCUAGACUAUAGCACUUGGUAAAAGGUGGGAGCCGCUCUAAACUGUGAGGCCAGACCUUAAAAACAUUUUAUUUUUAUUAAAUUAAAGUGCCGAAUUUGUUAAUCUCCCCUACAGAGUAAUUUUUUUAGCUUGAAUAAUAAAUGUGCCAAAUUGUUUUUUUCGUUGCAUAUGCACAUCAUAUAUCGUCUUUCAUUCUUUGAUUCAUACGUACAAUUCAUGUGGACUAUAUUACAAGAUUCCUGGAAGAAAAGCCAACUAAAAAGGAAAAUAAUUAUCAUUCUGGAUCUUUAUUACGACUAUAUUCAAGCGUUGUUGUUCAAGUGUUGUGUUUGAGAAUUAGCUAUAUACUCCACAUAUUAAAUGAUUUCACAUUAUCUUGUCUGUGCUUAGAUUUAUUUGACCCAGUUUUGAAUAGCAGCUUCUUUGAUCCCACGGCACACAUGCAGAAUUAAGUGUGGGUGAGCAGCCAGGCGUGGAAACAGAGAUGUAAUCGCCUCACCCACUACAAAGAGUCUCUGAACCGCUGAAUCACUGCUUGCUGCUCCUAAUGGCUUCGCACCCUGGCUGCUCGCAGGUUAAUUCGGCAAGCUACAGCGAUUCUGUGCCAGUAGGUCUCCUCCCCAGUCGCAGGAGAAUGCCCAGGGACAUUGGAACACUCUCUGAGUUCCGCUGUCGUCUAGACAAUGAGGAAGUGCAGCGUUUGGACGUUUCUUCCCAUAAUGUUUUCUCUCUUCACUGCAGCAGGAUUAUGGAUUGUAUACUUUAUAGCAGUUGAUGAUGAAAAAGUAACUCCACUUAAUUCGGAAUACAGGAGACCCGGAUCCAAGUCUCCUCCCUAUAUAAGUAUUGCAGGCAACUCUCCUCCUGCAAGCUGCGUCUUCAGUCAAGUUAUGAACAUGGCCGCAUUUGUAGCAUUUGCUAUCAGUGUCCUCAGAUACAUACACCUGAAGCCCAAAGUUCGCAAGCCCUGGCUGAACAUUGGUAGCUUGGUUGCUUUAUCUUUGGCCUGCUUUGGAAUGACCUUAGUGGGAAAUUUUCAGCUUUCGAACGAUGAAGAGCUUCACAAUGUGGGGACGUCGAUGACCUUUGGGUUUGGAACGCUGGCCUGCUGGAUUCAGUCUGUCCUCACCGUGAAGGUCAACUUAAAAAACGAAGGGAGGAGAGUCGGGAUUCCCCGGUUUCUCCUGUCUGGGGCCGUCACCUUGUGCAUGCUGCUCUAUUUUGCCCUGAUGGCGCAGCGUCUGCACAUGCAUGCCGCACGGGCACAGUGGGCACUGGUCAUGUUCUUCCUGGCCUUCCUCGGGUCGUUUGCCAUUGAAUUCAGACACUACAGGUUUGAGAUCAUCUGCACUGACGACCAGGACACCGCUGUCAGCCUGUCUGAGACCUUUUCGGAAAUUUCAGAGCAUCAGUCUGACCAGCUCUAAGGAACAGGCUUUCAGCAUUAUUAUGUGCUGAAGUCUGAUCUUCUAUGGCACAUUUAUACUGACUCCAGAGGUUAUAUUGUUACAGAAAAAGCAUGACCUCCCAGUCCUGUACAUAGUACAAAAGAGUUUUCUAGUGCAUGAAAUUUUGUUUUGUUUAAAUGUAAUAUUAAUGAAAACAAUGUAUUGUUGGUGGGAGAGAUUGAGCUACGGAUAGACACUAGAUUUUAGUACCAAAACCCCUCAGAGAACGGACAAAUGAAUGAACAUGAGCAGAAAAACACAGUUUUGUACAUCUAACCUUGAUCAAUUUUUUUUAGUUAAUUUAACUUCAAAUUGAAUGCCAAAAUAUCUUGUCAUUGACAGGUGGUAUGUGUGAAAAUUUCAUUUCAUUUAAAUUUCAGUAAACAUCUAGCUCCUGCAAAGUCCAUUAUCUUAAUAAGAUAUUUUGUGCCGAGUCGUAAAAGAUGGAUGCGUAGAAUAGUAAUGUCAUGCUCUCUGGAGCUGUUGCCAUGGAAACCUCCUGGGUUUCUGGGAAGUUCUUUCACCAGACUGGAAAUAUUUAACCAGCAAAGCCUAAAAAAACAGUUAUAUUUCAAAUUGAAAUGUUCAAUUAUUCAGUGAUUUUGAAUUUGGAAAAAAUACAUUUCUAAGGAUAAGGUUCUUAACAUAAGGCAUAAGAUAAAAUGUCUGUAAUGAUUUUUUGUCAUCUGGCCUAAUAGUCUGUUUUUUUAUCUUUCUCAUACCAUUCCAAUUGCAAGACUAAAUAAAAUUCAAAUUGUCUUUGAAUUAUCUUCAACAGCAUAGAAUUAUUUUGAUUUUAUUAAGGAAUAAGAGAUCCCAUCGGUCUGCUUCAUUAACUAUUUGAGGGCGGUCAAUAUGAAUAAUAUGGAACAUCCUGAUAUUGUCACAAAUUGGUUUAGAUGCCAAUUGUAAUAAAUAAGGGGAGGCUUAAUUAAUAAGGUCUAAAGUUACAAAAUAAGAUCCUGACCAAAGAAUAAGCAACACUCUAAAACGAUCAAAUCAAAAGCAUCUAUUUGCUUACAAUAAUAGUAGAAUAAAUGCCACACAUGAAUUAUUAUUUACAAAUAUGUAUUUGCAAUGAAUGUGAGUACAUUAACCCUUCCUUUGUAUAGACCCAAGACUGGCUCUCCUUGACAAACAGAAACAAGAUGUCCCUGAAUGAAACAAAAAUUCACAAAAAGAAAGGUAUGCUUUCAAAAUAAAAAGACCUACAGAGGAAAGAAUUGCUUUCUGGACUAUUGCUAAAGGAAACUUCUUCCAAUAAAUCAAUCGAUAAAUAAAUCCAACAAAAAAAAGUUUUCUUGUGCCUGAUGGAUGCUCACAAAAUGAAGUAAAUAUUUCCACAAAUUUAAGACAACAUCCUGUUUUCUAAAUUAAACUUGGUCUCAAUUGGUCUCCAGAUCUCGAUUGUAGAAUACAAUUGUAAGUUUUUGCUGUUCAAGAAGAAGAAGGUCCAAUGUACUGAAAAACUGGCCUUUAAAAUAUGGCCCCCCACCUACAUGCUGAUAAUGUUUUCAUUGUUGGGUGUUUAGAGAGAAUGUGACGUUGGCAGAUUCUGUUUAUACUUCAUCUCCUGGAUCUGCCAUUCAUCUCUUACCUUGUGAUUUCAGUGUUAUAUUUGGACAUCUUUCUCACAACAUUCCUUUUUUGUGGCCCAUUUUUCCUAACUGAACUGUCAAGUAUUCAGAAUUCAGCCAUACAAUAACCAAUGUAGGCGUUCUGGAGUGUAGCAAUACUGUACAAAUCAUCAAAGAACUGCAGUCCUGUUGAAUACAAUACUAUUGCACAAACGAAAAGAGCAAAAUUUGAUCAGACUAUGACAAAUUAUAAUGUGCACAAUUUUAGCACACAGAUUUGUUAGAAAAUUCAAAAGUAGGGCAUUUUAUUAUUCACAUUUUGAUACAAAGAUUACUGAAUUGCAUAUGUUAUCAGAAAAAAGUUAUUUUAAAACAAAUAUUUUUGUGUUUUCCUGUAUAUCCAUUAUGUUUUUGCCCUGUAAUUCAAAAUAAGCAUGUGUUCUCAAAAACUUCUCAAGAUACCUCUCUGCAGUGAAAAUCUAUUUACUUCAAGCAGCCGAAACCAAGUCAAGACAGAUUGACUCUUAUGAAAUAAAAGAUGUUUUCCCUCACUUAUGCACUAACAUGUAGCAGUCCUGUCCUGUUUCUGAGCCUCUGCAAUAUGAUUGUCUGAUUGUCAAUCUGUGCUGAACUAAUGAACUGUAACUCCAGGUCCUUGUUAGCUGUACUCCUGUCACAGAACAGAACACGUCUGCUCAGAGUAAUUGUGGGGUAUUACACCUUCCUUUGUAUUAUUAUAAGGCAUAACAUAAUAUAACAUAAUGGUGUUUAGUGCGUCUGUCUCACUGAUCCAGUGUCAUGAGUUUGAUCCUUUCCUUUGGUGUCUGUAUGUGGGGAGUUUGCAUGUUCUUUCUAGAUUUAAAGGUUUUUUUAUCAGGAGCUCUUGUUUCCUCCCACCAACUAAAGACAUGACACUGGCUCUUCUAAUUUAUGUUCACUUGUAAUUUUUAUGACAUCAGCAGUGAUCGCAAAUUACUGACAACCGAGUCUGAUUGUCCUUGGCUGUUGACAUCCUUCCCAAACUUUGGUUAUACAUUCCAUUAUGUCUCCAAGGAGGUGUUUUUGUGGCAUUUCAUGGGACAGAGAAAAUGCAAAUGCAUUUUUGCAAUUCCCAAAAUGCCAAAGGUGCAACCAUUUGUCAGUAAAAAAGAGGCCUGGGUACAUCAUUGUACUAAGAGACAUCUUAAACUAAAGUGCCAUGUGUGGGGGUAUAUUGAGUUUUUUUUUUUAAGAUGCCAGCUAAAAGGAGAGUAAUCCUCAGAAAUACAACUUCUACCUCUUUCAACACUGAGAGUCCAUGGCAAAACAUAAUGUAUGUAUAUAAACAGACAAAAUAUUCAACAUAUAGUACAUCUUUCUGAGCAACACACAGUAACAUUUUUUUUGUUCCUUUUUUUAUUGGGGUCACUGGAAAGAAAAGUUUUCGGUCACUAACUUCCUCUAUUAAAUCGGUGAUUUCUUGGCUGGGGAUGGUUUUUACAGAAAAAGACACCUUUAUCCUGUCAGUUCUCCUGCGGACUCUGUUAUUUGUAUUUCUUCAAUUAAAUUGUGGGCACAGGCUGUGGAACACGUAUUUCUACUGAUAAAAAGUGUUGUAUGGUGUGAGAAUUGAUACCAAGGAGGUGGUAGAAAACAGUAGUUUCAAAUCGUAACUGGUAACCUGGUAACAGAUGUGUGUUUUGAAUAUUGCAAUGUGUUUUGGUGUCUCAUUAUAUGUUAUUCAUAUUUGGAAGUUAUGCACAGUUUGGAAUUAAAGUAUGUUUUGUUAAAAAUAA